AUGAAUGGAGAGGUCAGCAGCGAGUCACAGAAUAACCUGCGGAAAAAGAUUUACAAGCAUCGAGACAGUUUGGCACACAAAAGAGCGGUUGAGAUUUCGGAGAUGAGGGAAAAGGAUGUGCUCCCAAACAAGUUGGAGGAGCACAUCGUCCGCCUCAGGGAGGAGUUGGAUCGUGAGCGGGAGGAGAAAAGUUUCUUCCAGUUGGAGCGAGACCGGAUCCAGAGUCUGUGGGAGACCAGCCUCCGAGACCUAGACCAGGUCGAGACCGAGCUGAACCAGUCCAGGAGAGAGAGGGAGGAGGCGAUCUCCAUGCCACCGCAUGGAGAUCAAUACAUGGAGCAGAUGUUUCGGAGCCUCUCCCUGUCCCUCACUCAGCAGCAGGAGAAGAGGAUUCAGCAGGAGGUGCAGCAGGUACAGGAGGAGGCCAGCAGGAGGAGCAGUGAGCUGAAGCAGGAGCAGCAGCGCCUCCUGAUGGUCACGGAGCAGCACUACAGCAGCCUGAGGAGGAGACUGGAGCAGGAGCAGAAGGAGCUCACGGACCAGCAGCAGGAGCUCAGGGAGGAGCUCUCCAGAGUCCACAAGAAGCUGACCACCUCCCAGAAGGAGAACCUCCGUCUGAAAGAGAAGCUCGAGGAGGCCCAGAUGGAGGUCCCAGAGCUGAGGAGGAGAUUGGAGCUCAAAGAGGAGGACAAGAGGAAAGAGAAGGUGAUUGGUCAGAAGCAGAAGGUUGUGGAGCAGCAGCUCAGAGCUUUGAAGACAGAGAAGACUCUGCUGCAGCAGGCGUUUAGACAGGUGCAGAGGGAGAGGGACCAGCUGAAGGACUCUCACCUGGAGCUGGAGCUGCAGCUGCAGAGGAGGAACGGCCUGAAGGAGGCGCUACUGACACACAAACUGAGAGAGCUACAGACCAGUCUGAACCGGGUCUGA